UUCCCGCUGUCACCUCACUUGUCACCUUGAUACUCUACCCUCUCCUCUUGCUGACCCUUUACACCAUGCUCAGCAGGAAAAUUGCCCAGCAUUCCUGCAGGAUGCAGGUGAGCAGCAGCCCUGGGGAGCAUCUCAGCCCUCAGCCCACCCCAGCCUCAGCACCAGGAGGGGACCCGGCACAGAAACAACCUGGGGCACAGAAACAACAACCUGGGGCACAAAAACAACAACCUGGGGCACAAAACCCAUCCCCAGCCUAUGCAGGGAGCAGUGACACAUCCUCAGACACCUCAGAGGACUCUGACAACGACAACCCUUCCUGCCCUCAGGGCCGUGGCCCAGAGGAAAGCAUCAAUUACACAUCCCUGGUGUUCCCAGGGAAAGGCCCGGAGCCGGGCUCUGCCCAGGACUACGAGAACGUCAAGUCUGGGCUGGAUUAUGUCAACGUGGACCCAAAGAAGAGGAAAACACAUUUCUGGCCCUUCUCCAGCCCCAGGGCAUCCAAGGGGGUGGAGUACACCGAGGUGAAGCUGUGACACUGCUGUGGGGCUGUGACACUGCUGUGGGGCUGUGACACUGCUGUGGGGAUGUGACACUGCUGUGGGGAUGUGACACUGCUGUGGGGCUGUGACACUGCUGUGGGGCUGUGACACUGCUGUGGGGAUGUGACACUGAUGUGAGGCUGUCACACCAGGGUGAAGCUGCUGCCCAGAGGUGCCCAGAGCCCCCAGCAGCUGCACAGCUGGCACUGUCCCCUUGCCCUGGCACUGUCCCCUUGCCCGGGGGCACUGCCUGGCACGGGCUGCAGCACUUGUGCCACCCCCACCCGCAGCUUCCUUGGCUUUUCCUUAAAGGCUCCACUGUUCCUGAGGGACAGUGUGGGGCAGGGAAAGGCUCCUCCCAGCCAGGCUGGAAUCAGCUCUCCACUUCUGUGUCACGGCCUUUUGUCCCCGCAUUUCAUGAAAGCAAAAGAAACAUCCCCCCCCCUUGCCUCUCAAAAUGGGAGAUGCAUUGAUCCUCAAACCUGCACUGAGCUCCUCUCAGUGUUGUUGUUUUGCUCAUCAGCCUCAUAAAAUCCUUUUAAAUACAAUUUUUCCACUGGCUUUUCCCUCUCCCUGUCUCCCAGCUUUUGCUUUCCCUGCUUUGUCCCUGCUCCAGGUGCUGGGCUUGGUCUCUCCCCACCUGGGCCACGUCCCUGCUCCUCAUUCUGUAUUUUGUUACUCCUGAAUUUUCCAGAAAUAAACUUCCAAAGUGCCUGGGAAUGGGAAUGGUGCCCCAGUGGGAGCCG